AUGGCUUCCAGCUUUAAGAAGCCAAAUGUGGCCUCUACCAGCCAGAAAAGAAAAGUGGGUCCUAAGCCUGAACUCACUGAAGAUCAGAAGCAAGAAGUUCGUGAAGCAUUUGACCUCUUCGAUGCUGACGGAAGUGGGACCAUCGAUGUGAAGGAGCUGAAGGUGGCCAUGAGAGCACUGGGCUUUGAGCCCAGGAAGGAGGAGAUGAAGAAGAUGAUCUCCGAAGUGGACAAGGAAGGCACAGGGAAAAUCAGUUUCAAUGACUUUUUGGCCGUGAUGACUCAGAAGAUGGCCGAGAAAGACACCAAAGAAGAAAUCCUGAAGGCUUUCAGGCUCUUUGAUGACGAUGAAACUGGGAAGAUCUCUUUCAAAAACCUAAAGCGCGUGGCCAACGAGUUAGGGGAAAACCUCACCGACGAGGAGCUGCAGGAAAUGAUAGACGAAGCCGAUCGGGAUGGAGAUGGCGAAGUGAACGAGGAAGAGUUUCUUCGGAUCAUGAAGAAGACCAACCUAUAUUAA